AUGGCAUCGCGAUACUCUGCAGCCCGGCCGAAGCGCGCCAGCGAAGUAUUUGCGCGACAGCACCAUGGCGAGCAAGACGCCGAUAGCGGAAUGGGCGACGGGGCGACGUCAAAAAAGGUAAAGUUUGACGUGCGCAACCCUUCGGCACUUGCACCAGACGCCCGGGAGGAGGACGACGUACUGGAGGCCGAUGUGAUUGGGGUCGGGGCAGCUGCGACGAAGCGCGGCGCAGUCAACAUCGACGGCUACGACUCCGACUCGGAAAACGAGACUUUUAAUGCGCGGGCUGAACAGCGGGUCAAAAAGGGAGGCAAGGCUGGCAGUGAUGGCGCAGAUGUCGAUCUGAUCGACCAGCUCGACAACUACAACGAUAAUCUGAAGGGGAGUGUGGAUGGAGGGAAACCGGGUGUCGACGCCGACGACGAGGACGACGACAUGUUUGCCGAGGAGGACGGCAACGAAGACGAAGGCGCGGCCAAAGAAGGAGGCGCGGGCGCGGGAAAGAAAUGGAAGGAGGUGCGGUUUCUGGACGACAGCAACAUCGAGGGGCAGGAAGACACGAGCAAGAGCGGUGGCCAUGUCCGGCUCGACGACGAGUCCAGCAGCGACGAGGAGGACAUUGCGCAGGAGAUCCUGGAGGAGGGCGUCGACGAGGAGGUCGGUCCCGGCGGCCUGAAGAAGCACGCGCCCAAGAUCGAGGCCUUCAACAUGAAGCAGGAGCAGGAGGACGGCGCGUUCGACGAGGCCGGCAACUACAUCCGCAAGGCCGCCGAUCCGGACGCCGUGCACGACAGCUGGCUCGAGGGCGUCAGCAAGAAGCAGAUGAAGAAGGCUGCCUCGGCACACCAGCGCCGCGAAGCCGAUGUCCGCCAGCAGCGCCGCGAAGACGACAGCAUCCUGACGGCGGACCUGAUCGCUGCCCUGAUCAUGCGGCUGAACCGGACCGAGACGUCGCUGGAGGCGUUGGCGCGUCUGGGCCGCGGUCUGCACAAGACCAAGGCCAAGAAGAUACCCAAGUGGAAGCUGAAGAGACAAGCCGGCUCGGCCUCCACCGGCGCCACAGAAUCGAUGGACGUCGACAAGGAUAAGGCGCCCGAGGACCCCGAGCAGGCCAAGGCCAAGGCGGCCAUCGACGCCAUCACCGAGGCGGCAGACCGGCUCCUGAACCGUGAGUUUCCCGACAUCUACGACAUGGAGAGAGAACGACUCGUGCGCGAGUACCGCGCCGAGAGCGGCGAGCCGUGGGUCGAGCCGCCUCAGCCUUCAUCGCUAGCAGCCGAUGCAGACGACAGCAUCAACGUCGAGGCGGCUGAAAGCAGCAACAGCAACAACAACAACUCAUGGGAAUACCGCUGGACAGACGGCCGAGACGGCGGAAAAAUACAAGGACCGUACGAUGGGCCGACAAUGAAGGCCUGGCAGGAAGCCGGCUACUUUGUUGGGGACAUUGAAUUUCGGCCGGCUGGUAGAGCAGACGGCUGGCGUCGUGUGGUUUCCUUUAUAUAA